AUGUUUUACGGUAUAAAAAGACGCAGUGCGAUUCAGGAACCUGCCCAACGGAUAGCCUUUAGUUAAUUGUAAAAGCGGAAAGGAGGGCAGAAGUUUGGCACCAACGCGCUUCACUGAUGUUCUGAGAAGAACAGACUCGGGUUCACCGCGCGUGCACGCCCACAUCCUCAAGUCGGCUCUUCUUUCUGUAGGUUGAUGAAAGUUUACUAGGAGAGGGGACAGCAGAGGAGAUGGUAUCUGACCAAGAUGAGUCGGAAAGGUGAACUUCAAUGACCAAACUUGCGCGUUAGCCACCUGCCAUAAAUCUGGGAGAAAUGGGCAUGCUAAGUGUGGACCUCCUGGUAACUUUGCAGAUCUUGCCAGGUUUCUUCUCCAACUGCCUAUUUUUCGUGCUCUACGACUCUAUAGUGCUGGUGAAGCGUGUGGUGUCACUGCUGAGCUGCUCGGGUUCGACGGGUGAGUGGCAGCGCAUGUUAACCACAGCCGGUGUGCGCUCCAUAUGGAACAGCUUUCUGCUGGACGCCUACAAACAGGUGAAGCUGGGGGAGGCGGCUCCAAACUCCAAGGUGGUCAAAGUCCCUGGCAUAAACAGACGAUGGAGCAUCAGUGGUAAGACCCAUGACAAGUGCCACCUGCUGGACUUCGAGUCUCCUGACCGCCCACUAGUGGUCAACUUUGGCUCGGCCACUUGACCCCCCUUUAUAAGCCAGCUGCCGGUGUUCCGGCGGAUGGUGGAGGACUUUUCGGAUGUGGCAGAUUUCUUGCUCGUCUACAUCGAUGAGGCUCACCCCUCCGAUGGCUGGGCAGCUCCUCCCAUGGAGCCCUUUUCCUUUGAAGUGAGGAAGCACCGUAAUCUAGAGGAGAGGAUGUUGGCUGCCCGCAAACUUCUGGAGCAUUUCUCCUUGCCCCCUCAGUGCCAAUUGGUGGCCGAUUGCAUGGACAAUAAUGCCAAUGUAUCCUAUGGUGUGUCCUACGAGAGGGUCUGCAUUGUACAGAAGAAUAAAAUCGCUUACCUGGGGGGCAAGGGUCCCUUUUUCUACAACCUUAAAGAUGUGCGGCAUUGGCUCGAAAAGAGCUAUGGGCAGCGAUAAUAUCUCGAAAAGAGGUCAAAUAGCCUUGCCUGUGAAUGGUAGAAGAAUUUAUUUUUGUAUAAUGGAGAGAAACUGUUUAAAGGAGGCUCCGGUGGAAACACUUGGGCUGGGUUCCAAGUCCAUUUUCUUGAAUUGCUUAAAAUGAUCAGCAGGUGUCCUGGGUGGAUGUCGACAUUUCUAACCUCUUUAAAAAUAAAAUGAAAUGAAUAUAGACACUUAAGUACUGACGUGUGGUUUGCACUUCAAUUUUGAGAUUACACAUUAUUGCCAGCAAAACCAUUUGUAGAUGCACUAUUAAUAACUUUCUCAUUUCUUUGCGAUUAAUGUAGAAGUAAAGAGUGCAAUAUUUUAUGCGACAUAACAUAUAUUGCUUAAUAAAGAUAAACCAAAUUGCUGAACAGAAGAGAAAGCACAAGUACCCAGCUUUUAUAUGAAAAGAGAAUAAUUUAUUUUUAUUGACAUUCAAUGUUUGUUAUUUUUAAUAUGUGGCCUGUUUAUGCGCUUGUAUUGCUUUCCAUUCCCCUCUCUCUUAAACUGACAAUCAUUCAUAGUCCAUUUUACAUGCACCUGUAUCAUCAGCUUUUACAUCCUGAUAUGCUGUUCAGUCCAUUUGCACCAGUAAUGUGUCGAUAAUGCAAACAUCGCAAUACAGUAUUCUUUAAUGAUAGUCAUUUGGUCCAUAUUGUACAUAACACAACAAACAAAGAGCAAUUUAAUGAUGCUAGGAUUGACACAUUAAGAAGCAUCGGUGGCCUUGCGUUAAACACAUAUUCACAUCAUGGCCGGGGCUCUGUAAUGUACCUCUGUGCCCAUGGGCUCGCUGGGGUGGGGAGGGGGGUGUGGUUGUCGUGCUGGUUCGCUGAGGCCCCCUUCAAGUUGUUGAGCGGGGGGUGGGGGGUACUGCUUUGCAUUGAACAAGUACAACACGGACGCCUUUAAUGGUUGCACACUGUUACCAUGUCAACAACUGCAUCUCCUGCUGACAGCGUUUAAAUGCGCUCCUACCGCUGUGCCCCAAGUGAGUUGUAGGCCGGCCCCCAUGGGAGCUGUAGGCCCCAUGGCUUCAGCUCGUAUAAGCCCGUCCACUAAUGUGCCCCUGAUCAUGGCCACUGGGCUUAGUUCAGACACUUUGCAGUGUACAGGAAAGCUGAUGAAAAGUUUAAUGUGUGUUUUACUCCUGAAUGUUAGAGAAAUAUUUUAAGAAUGUUUGGAUUGAACUGAUUCUAACAGACCUGCAGUCAUUCAUUUGGGUCAAUACAGAGUUGGUGUGCGCAUGAAAAUCACAGAUGAAAUGGUCCCCUGUCCUGUCUGUGGUUGGAUGACAGACCACACCUCUCUCUGUCCUGAUCCAAAUGAACAUGACUGCUAACAUACUGAAACAAUCACUCGCAAUCUUAAAGGCUUUGAGUUUUGUUUCACAUGGCUGUUUUCAUGUAGUACAACCGUUCCUAUUUCUUUGAAUGAGAAUAAGGAAAGAAAAAAUAAAGUUGAACUGCUGCUCA